CAUGCUUUGCUUUGGCAAGAGUCCAAGGAUGGUGAAGUGGACGGCGCAAUGGAGCUACGAGCAGGUGCUGUAUGUGCCGCAUUGGUCGAUUUAAUUGUGCUGGACAGGGUAGAAAUCGAAAUCGAUCAGAAGUCACUGCUAGGAAUUAAAUACGAGAAUUCACUGUUAAAGGUAAAGUUGCAUUCUAUACGUCUUUAAUACCUACAACGGCAACUUAUUUAAAUAGAAGUCUCGUUGAGGAGCAAACCCUCGAAUUUUUGAACAUAGACAAUAUAGUGAGCCAAUAAUUUCAAUGUAUUUAUUUAUUUGGCCACCAAAAGUAUUCCAAAGACUUGAUAAAAAUGACAAAAAUGUCCUCAUAGAAUCUCCAACCCGUGUAUUAGAUACAUAAAGAGGGCGCCAUACGAAAAUGCGGGUGCUACCCCCGCUGUAAAACUGAUUGUUUGUAAUUGUUUGUGUGAAUAAAAAUUGCUUAUUUAUAUAAAAUGCCUCAGGAAGAUAGCAGCAAUGUACAAAAAUCGUAAAGAAUGGCAACUGCUUUUUGAAGAAUACGUGUAAGGAAAACAUUUGUUCAUACCCAUAACUGCUUAGGACCUGCCAUACUGUUUUGGAGGGAGUCAGUGAACUUUUAAGUAAGGAUGUUUUGAGCUGUGACAUAGUUUGAAUUAAUUACCAGACUACGAGUAGUACCUCAUUUUCCCUCAGGGAUGGUACCUGAUAGUAGACCAAGUGAAACGCUAAAAGAUGCGACAGGAAGAGAGAAAAAUGAGGGACCUCAGACAAAGUCCAAGCUCUUGACCCUUCAUGGCCAACUGAUUUUGGUGUGUGAAGUUUGUAUCACCUUUCAAAUCAAUUAAGUGUAACAAAGUGGCAUUCCCUCUCUCAUUGAGCUGUCAAUGCUAUUGUCAUCAGUAAACAUCAAGUGUUGAUAGUGGCUGGUGCGUCGUGGUAGAGCAUUGUGAGAGCAGCGCUUAAAGUCAAAAGCCUUGGCUUUGCCUGUAGUCCCUCAUUUUUCUCUCUCCCUGUCGUGUGUCACCUUUCUCACAUGUGGUGAUUUUUACGCAUGCUCGUAUUUUGCUCGCUCUACUAUCCCUGAGGGAAAAUGGGGGAGUACUCGUAGUCUAAUUGAUUACAAACAUUUUUACUAAAUUUGACUUUUGUCCUACUACUAUACAAAUCUUGUAGGGUUUUACUCGGGGCAUCUUCAUCCUCCUGUGCCAGAAAUAGACAAAUGGGCCUAUGUCCCAGACUUUGAAAAGUUAUAGGCCAUUAAGGUGGCUGAACACAGCUUUUGGUUUUUAGGUAAUUAAUAAAUAAAUAAUAAUUGUAAGUCUGUAAUAUUAAACGCGUCCCAAAAAUCAUCUGUUCAAAUUCCAUUUUAAAGUUCUCAUUAUUUAAACUACGAUAAAAGUAAAAAUUCUGCCAAGUACCAUAAAAUUUUUUAAUUUAUGAGUAGAUUUCGAGAAAUAUCCUUCUGUGUAAUAUUGCUUUUUUCGCUGCCAUGUUUGUUUGUCUAAUAAUAUUUAUUAAAAAACACACACCGACAUGCAAGUUUAACCAUGCACUGACCGCCUGCAAAACACCAUGUCACAGGAAUUAAAAUUAUAUGUGCAAUUCAAGAUAUAAAAGUGUGUCGAUCAUCAUCAUCAUGAACAGCAGGGUUUGCAUUCACUCACCCCUCCCUGGAUCAAUCCCACAGGUGUCUGUGCUUGGCUAAUCUUAGCCGUAAGGGUCCGAUCUGCUGUCUGGUGAGAUCGUCUUUCCAUCUUGUUUUUGGAUGACCCUGUUUUCUGGUCCAAUCUCUUGGGUCCACAGUCUGUUGCUCUGAUGGUCCAAUGAUUAUCAAAUAGCCAGGAAAUGUGACCUGCACAUCUACGCUUUGCUUUUCUGAUAGCGUUGAUGAUAUUGCUUACACCAGUUUCUUGACAGAUCCAGGUGUUUUGCUUUUGAUCCUAAAGGGUAAUGCCUAGUAUUAUGCGUUCCAUCUUACACUGUACUGCAAGCUUAUCCAUCAUAACGUUCUUAAGUGCCCAUGUCUCACAACCAUAUGUCAUUACUGGUGAUUAAGUACCGAGUAUUUUUCAGUUUUUAAUUAUGUUUAUUCAGGUUUUACAAAAUGUACUGAAUCAAUCAGUGCAUCCAUUGAACUUACAUGUAACUCAGUAUAUAAAGAGCAAUCAAUUUGACCAUUUUAGCAGUCACUAUAUUGAUUUUAUAAUUUUGAUACACAGAAAGUUGUGUAGCUAGCACAAGCUAAGUCCAUCAUUAAGAAUCAGAAUUAUAUAAGCAUGAUAAUUGCUAAGUCUAAACUAAACUGAGUAAGUGACUCCAAUCCAACUUACUGUAACUUUGAAGCUGAUACUUCUUUGCUAUACUGCUUGUUUUCAAUGUUUUGCAAAACAUGGCGUCCCUUUCAAACAUGAGCCACUUUGCGCGGUUGGAAUUUUCUGUAUUCGUUACCUGCAGGCCUGGAAAGUGUUUUUAUAUCGUUGUUGUUGUUUACAUUUUCGCAGUUGAUCUUGAACUUGGCUGUCAAAUUUGUGCUAAAAAAAGGAAGUCUCUUUGGAGGCAUUAUCUCAAUAAUAAUUAUUAAAAUGGUAAAUGAAUUUGUUUUGGCAAGAAAGACAAAGACAGCUAGAAGCAAAUAUCAACUCAAAGUACGUCUGUCUUGACAGAACUGAGUGCAUUUGCAAAAGAUCACUGAUCAAAGAAACAAAGGGUUAGGUUCAUGUUUUUAUUUGUUGUACAUGUAACACAAAAUUAAUACACAGAUUAAGGAGCUUAUAACUAAAGUGCAUAUUACGCGACUUUAGGGUGCAUUCUGGACUCGGUCAGCAGUUUUAUAAUCCAACAUUUUCUAACUUUAUGGGCCAUGCACAUGGCCUAUGGCCUUCCCAAUCCCUGCUACCUAAUUAGGGGAUGAGGCUUUCAUACAAUCUGAAGAAUCACGCAGAUCAACGAGGGUGUCAUCUACCGUUAAAAUGGAUGAGACCAUCCAAGAUCUGCAUAUUAUUAUGUAUGUUAUGCAAAAUCGAUGUAGUUCUUGCUUUAAAACAAGCUUAACUUGAUUGAUGUUAAAUUUCUGUCUUCAUUUGUCUGUUCCACGAGAAAUUAUGGACAUACAAAGAGAUGUUUAAAAUCUAACACAUAUUCUCCAGGUAGCAGUUGCCAUCUGUUUAUUUUGCAUUUUUUGCUGUGUUACUAUGUUUUAGGCUAAUUUGGCUAUUUACAAGUGAGCUUAUAAUAUGAAAUUUGUCCCCAGGGAUUCUCGCUUGCCUGAUCCCUUUUUCUGGUGAUAGCCUUUACUGUGUAGUUAGCUCUGAAGAAUAAGCCAGGGGCCUGAGCAAAUCAGAAACAGAGAGAUAUUGUGAGUUAAAUAUGAUAUAAUGAAAUUCCCACUCCUUUUUCAUGAAAAUCCCGCAUCCCGCAAUUUUGGACAUCGACUUUUCCCCGAAUUCUGUUUUUCUUUCCAAAAAAAAUACAAGGCACACUGUCUCUAAAGCCUGAUUUGGUUUGAACGGGUAAUCAUGCAGCUCCUGGUUUUAGAGGAGAUACCACUUAAUGCUCACCUGGUUAAUUCGUAAUUGCUGCUCAAACAUAGGAUUUCCCGAAUUCCCCACAUAUGGUUAAAAAAAAUCCCUUAUCCCGUGCCCAAAUUUUGGCAAAUCUGGCUUCCCGGGUGACCAGAAAAUCCUGUUUCCGGUUAAGAUAAUUAUCUUGUGUUUUCCAGAAUCCCACACUGUCUUUUGGUCAAAUCAUGGAUCGCGAUAAAUCUCUUUUAGACCCUGGUCAAAGUGAGGAAGCAGUCUGCAAUAUUGCUGCUUCUCGUGGAAUACUGGCUCUUAUUCAAUACAAAGGUUUAUCAGUAAGGCCUUGCAUUGCCAUGCCACCUGUUAUGUAUACUUUGGUUUCAUCAUAUUUGCCACUUAACACUGUAUAUGAAAGUGAAGAAUGAUCAUCGCAGUAAAUUUUCCAAUUGCUUAAAUUGGAAAAUUUACUGCGAUGAUCAUUCUUCACUUUCAUCUAUACAACCGCAGUUCAAAAAAUGAAUUAUUUCAUAUAAUUUAUACUUCACAUCAUUUCACUCCUCACGGGAGAUAUGAACUCAAUAAAUUGACCUCGCUCCCAAUGUGUGGCUUCAUAGCUCAGUUGGUAGACAGUUGGCACCGGCAACGCGGAGGUCACGGGUUCGAAUCCCGUUGAAGCCCUGAUUUUUUUCAGGCUUCUUCUUUCCAAUUGCUUAAAUUGGAAAAUUUACUGCGAUGAUCAUUCUCCACUUUCAUCUACAACCGCGGUUCAAAAAAUGAAUUAUUUCAUAUUAUACUUCACAUCUUAACACUGUAUAGUUAAACAUUUUGAUUGGGCUGCUACAUGUAUGCUGUAUGUGAAACAGUGUUGACUGAAACAAAAGGAAAAUUAUUCUUCAUCAUUAUCAAAACGCUGCAAAUGACAAAGUGCCCUCUGUAAAACAUGCCUUUUUGCAGGCCAAAUGGGCAAUGGGCAGGCUGAAAAUGCAUUUGCUGCCCUGAUUCCGAUUGGCUGUAGACUAGAUGUCAAACAACUUUGCAUGGCCAAUGAGAUCCUGAGGAUACCAUUUCAGUGCCAGAGUUGGUGCGAAUUUUUGUGGAUGAAUUUUCACAGUUGCUCACUUUGUAGUUUUGUGGUGAACGUUUGACGUUUGGAGAUUCUAUUUUAAAAUGGAAAAGUCCCAAAUUUUCAGUGUUUUUCUGGUCAAAAUUUGGACUUAAACAAUGAGCAACUGGAUGAAAUUGAGCAAAAAGCUCAAGCAAAAAACAUCAAGAGAGCAAGAGUGGGGAGUAAAAAAGUUCAAGAAAUGGUGUGAGAAAAGAAAAAUUAAUUUAUAGUGGACCUGUGAAUACAGUGCAAUUCUACAAAAGUUCUUCGCUGAAGUGAAAACAGAGAUUUUAAAGGCUGUACAUUAACUCCAAGUGCAUGAACUGGAAUGAGAUCAUGCAGGAAUUCAUCGCCAUCUAACCUGUGCUCCACUCAGCUGAAACAUAAACAUUUUGUAAGAGUCUGCGAAUUCAUGUUCGCCAACAAAACAAUGCUAAACCAAAACACAAAUCAUCUAUUCAGUCAGGAGACUGAAAUUGAAUCGCUACUUCAUGGAAGGGCAGAAAAUGGACGGCGUUUGGAAAGAUGCAGAGAAGUUAGUUGAGUUUAUUAGGUUUUUGUUGUGUUUUCAUUUUGCUCGCUGCGGCAAAGAUUUCGCGUUGUGUAUUGCAGAUAAUAAUAUAAUGAUAAUCACAUGACUUUUGGCGGGCAUAUAUAAUUGUGUCCCUUGUAGCAUCAUUUGCAACCUUGCUUUGUUCGGGCGCAAAUGAUGCUGCUCAGUAUGCCCUCCAAAAGUCAUGUGAUUGUCCUAUUAUUAUUCUUAUUCCAGUAAACAAUAAUUUCAACAAAAAUUUCCAUUCAAGGAAAGUAAGUGGCAGAGCAUAAGUAACAUUCUUUUUUAGUGAUAUCAAAUUUAUUGUGCCCUGAGUCACAAGACAUCCUAGUUUCUCUUAUUGGUUAGUGUCAGCAUUCAAAUGCAGGGUGACAGGAAUGCUUGCUGGAAAAUUCAAAUUAAACGCCUAAGGAAGACCAAUGUGAGUGUGGCUUAAGCUUCAACUACAGUAACCUCUAAAGAAGACCGAAUGAAAACAGACAUCUAAAUACAUCUAAAGAGCCACCCAGGUUAAUCUGAACAAGUGCCAGGGAUGUUGUGUUCUUUUUUAAGCAUAAUUUCUGUGCGGUCAGUGUCAUGGCAUUGUUUUGUAAAAUUCUUUAGCCAUAGCCCUAAUCCAGUGAUCCCUAGAUGAGCAAAUACAGUGACUUUGUCCCAAAAACCCUACAUGUAAGUGAGACCAUUAGGCCUUUUGCAUUAAGAGGUCAUGUGACCAAUGCUUGCUUUAAAUAAUGAGCUGGAAUCUUGCUAAUUAUUCCAAAAAUUGGCAGAGCACAUAAAAAUUAUCUUACAUCCGAAAUUGAGUGGAAGUGCAUUGUUUUAUGGCUCUUUGAUUUUUCAAUAAGGUAGUAUGAUUACAAAUCAAAUGUAACUGAUCAGAAAUUCUUGCCUCUACAUGUACGUGUUCAGCAUGACUGUCUUUAAAGUCACCCCUAGCUAACUUUGUGCCCACCAUAAUGCUUUCCUGAUCAGCAGCUAUUAUUUGGAUGUUACUUUUUUUUUCUUAAAGGUAAAGGAUACUACCCCAACUGGAAUUACAUGUUUAGAUGAUGCUCUUUUCAAACAAAUUAAGAAGCAUCAGGAUAAGUCACCUGAAAAGCCCAAAAAGCUCCAAGAUUAUUUUGAAAAAGAAAUCUGCAUAUGGAAAGAUAAGUCUGAAAAAUCCUGUGCUUACAAAGCGCUGGAUGAUCUUGUGGACCAGAGUAUUCUUGACAAGAAGAAGAAGUUCUUUGGAAUGAAGUAUCCUACUAUACAGCCGGGUAAGUCAAUUAAGAAAUUAGCAGGCCAACAUAAGUAAUGAAUUGUAUGACGGCUAGGGCCUGCAGUACAUUAGUUUUUCAAGUGAUGAGGAUGCUGAAUUGAAGUGUGUAGGAAACUGAUGGGUGUGGUCCUUAAGGGCAUCUCUUGGUUCAAAUGGGUCUACAUGAAGUUGUUACAUAUAAAAUAAAGAGUGCAAGGAUUAACACACUCAGUUGUCCAGCAAAUCUGUAAAACAGCUAAAUACAGUGUGUUUUUCACUUUUCGAGCCUGAAAUUCCUGUUAUUUUUUUUUUUUGGGUUUCCAAUAAUUGAUAUCAGCCAGCCAAUGCCCAAUGCGUGGCACUAGCAAACUCCUUUGGUCAUAAAAAGUGUGCUUUGCAAUCAAAAACGGAUCAAAAUUAUGUUUUUUUAUGCGUUGAUUUUCACUCAGAUUUUGAAGCUUGCAUUUGAAUUAAUCAUUUUUAGUUUACUUAUACAGAUAUCAGUACAAAGUCUUUAUUCAAAUAGUUUAUGGGGCAUAAUUAGUGGACAACGAUAGCUGUAGGUCAAUCAAUUAGCUCUACAACUGUACUAAGGGUUCAUUUUAAGUGUUACCUGUAAACCAGGCCCCAGCUGCUCCAAAGUUGGAUAGCGCUAUCCACCUUAUAGAGCAUUUUAACUCGUGUGGACAGCAGCUAUGUGCAAAUUUAUUGGAUCCAAAGAAAGCGUUUACAUGAGAAAAAUGUUGAACUCCCACAGGACUUGUUUGGGAACCCAACAUGGCAGACAUGACAUCAUGUGAAAAUGCUCUAUAUAUUACAUGUAUUAAAUCACCAUCCAGUGGGUAAAUAUUUAAACAAUCCAAUAAAAUAUUCCACUAUCCACUGGAUAGUAAUAAAGCUAUAGUAUAGCACUAUCCACCUUGUAAACAACUGGGGCCUUACUUGGCGCUCAUCUUGAAGUCAGAGUAAGUAAUGAUAAUUAUUCUAACUUAUAAAAUCCAGUCACAAGUUUUAUCCUUUCGGGGCCAGGGGUUAGUUCAAUAGUACACCUGUCAGGCCAACUUGCUCUUAGGGUCCUCCUCUACUCAGCCCCUGGAGCAACAGUGGCCAAGUAGGAGAUCAGGGCCCUGAGUACGAGGUUGAUCGUCAGUGAACAAGACAGUUAUUCCAUUGGGAUCAUGAUUUUUCCUUGCAAAUGACUGGUUGAUAAUUUUGCUGGAAUUGCAUUGCAUGUGACUCACACAGCGAUCAUAUUAUUUAUCAUUGUCCCUCUGCCUCUAACCCCCUGGCAAUCUAACCCUGUAGGUAGUGUGCAAGGUGACAAAAAGUCAUUGUUGUCAUAUGAAGCUUAAAUCUCCAUCCAAUUGAUAAGGCAACAAUACGGUUUUCCAAAUACUUAUCUGCUACACCAUAGAUAUGAUAUAACUGGUUGAUAGCACUUAAUCCAACAUUUGGACAACCGGAGGAAUUAGGUCUGAGGUUCCUUUUGUUUUUUGUUUUUUGAACUGAAUUACCUGUUGCUGUUUUUGUUUUCUACUUCAUUGCCUGGGUUACUGACAAUCAUUUAUAAAGAACGUCAUGUUUUAACACAUACAUGAAAUAGGUGUAUAAAUAAAGAGUAUUAAUUUUAACUGACAAAAAAUUAUUUGAGUAAUCAGUUUUCAUGAUUCUGCCUUUGUUUUGCAGAAAAAGAAGCUGCCUUGGUUAAAGAAAUUCGUCAAGUGGCUUUAGAAAAUGUUUCUCCAGAUGCUUAUAUAAGAGCUUUG